AUGGAUAGUCUCGUCAAAAAUGGUCCCUACGUGAACAAGCUGCUCUUAAAUGCUCUUUAUCUCCAAAACAGCAUGUACAGUGAUCGGAAGUCUUCUUUAUUUGACGGUAGGGAGUCGAAUUCGAGGGGUUCGGUAUUUUACGAGCGCUUCAAGUCUCUACUGCCUAACUAUAUUGAUAAACCUACGAUUCCAACUGUAGUGGCUUUGUUGACAUGUGGAGCAUGUCUGGUUCCAUAUGGCUACCAAAGUGCUGGGUGGGCACUUUCUGGUAUGGGAUAUCAAAUGAUCGUCGACCUUGGUUGCCACUUGGAUAAUCCAGCUGCCUCAAAAGCCGCAGCUAUUGAGCAAGAAAUGAAAAAAAGAAUUUACUGGGGCGCUUUUGUCGGUGACAAAUUCCAGUCUUUGUUUCUUGGCCGACCGAUUGCUAUGCACGAGUCUACUGGAAAUGUCAAACAGAAGUAUCUCGACUCCUUUGAAGAAAUGGAAGAGUGGACACCAUAUGUUGACACUCUCUGUCAACCUGAUGAUGGGUCUCUUCAACCCUAUCGUGGUCAACCAUCCCGUGCCGUUAGCACAUUCCAGACCUUGCUACAACUUUCCAAGAUUGCGGCUCGAAUCAUCCAAGCUUUCUAUUCCGUUGGAAGCCUAACAAGCUCAGAGUCAGCCCUUUUACGCAUAAAAAGUGAGAUCACUGAAGGACUCAGUUAUUGGUGGGACAAUCUUCCAUCCUGGCUGUUGUUUGAUCCAAGGGUGGACACCACGCCUCCGCCACAUCAAAUCACACCACACGCGCUGUAUUGGACUCUACUUAUUUUGACCGAGCAGGCCUUUCUCAACCGUGGUCGUUUCAAUUUCACUUUAGAUCCUGAUUCAGCGGAAACCUCUCGAAAACUAUGCAUACAGGCAGCGCUCAGGAUCUGGAGGCUUGUAGAAGCCUAUAAACAAGUCUUCACUCUUAGACGCGCCCAAUAUGGCAUCUGGUACGCGACUUACUGUGCAGCCCUCGUCAUCCUUCAACAUACAAGCCAUGACAGCAACGAGUACGCCGCUUGUAUUCAGUUCCUAUGGUCUGCACUUUCAGAGUAUCAGAAGGGGACUUGCUAUGGCUUGAAGCGGCCCCUGAAGCUACUCAAAUCCCUGAUGCGACGACUCGGGAGCGUACCAGCUGGUAUUGAAGUGGAAGAGCCAGUUCUGAUCUGCUCAACGCCCACUGAAUCUUGA